CAGCAAAGAUUGAGACCAACAAAAAGACAAGCACUAAUGAACGAACAAUUGUAGGAAAGAGAGAGACAGAGAAGGACAGAGCAAGUAUAUAUGCUUUUUAUACAUACAAUAUUAUAUAUACGUUUUCUAUCACCCUUUGUCGCCUAAUUGUUGGGUUUUGCGUUAUACUUGAAAAAAAUUUAAAAGGGUUUGUACCUUUUCCUGGAGCGGUCACUGUUACUGGGGGAAGAGAGAGAGAGAGAGAGAGAGAGAGAGAUGGAGGGUGGGAAGAGAGCAUCGGAAGCUGGGCCAUCAUCGGGAGGUUCUUCAGGUUGUAUUGGUGGUGGUUGUGGUGAGGAAAGAAGAGAAAAGGAGAAGGAAAUGAGUGAGAAACCAAGUGGGGUUUGUGAUGUUGGAGUAGAAGAAGAAGAUGACGGUGAUACCAAGGUUGAUGGGGUUGUUGCUGGUUUUGUUCCUGGGCCUUUGGUUUCACUCAAGGAACAGAUUGAGAAAGACAAGGACGAUGAUAGCUUAAGGAGGUGGAAAGAGAAGCUGCUUGGUUCCUUGGAAAAUGAUUUAAAUGGCCAAAUGGAACCUGAGGUCAAGUUUCACUCCAUUGGAAUUAUCUCUGAUUAUUCUGGAGAAAUUAAUACUCCCUUGCCUGUUAGUGAAAAUGAGAGUGGACGUGUCCUCUUUACACUCCGAGAAGGAUCUGAAUAUCGCCUUAAGCUAAAAUUUAGUGUUCUGCACAAUAUUGUUUCGGGCCUCACAUAUUCUAACACUGUGUGGAAAGGAGGACUUCAAGUUGAUCAAAGCAAAGGAAUGUUAGGUACAUUUGCUCCCCAACGAGAGCCAUAUGUUUAUACUUUGGAUGAGGAGAUCACUCCAUCCGGGGUGCUUGCAAGGGGAAUUUACUCUGCCAAGCUUAAGUUCGAAGACGACGACAGAAGAUGCCAUAUGGAACUAAAAUACUCAUUCGAGAUCAAAAAGCACACUUAAAAAAGACUUUUUUUGUUUUUUGGUUGGAAAUUCUUGCAUUUAAAGGAUGUAUCUUCUUUCCUUCUUUUAAACUUUACACCUUUGUGAUGGUGCCUAUUAAGCAUUGUGAUUUGGAUGGGCAUGCAAAUUUAGAAUUGGAUUUUUUAUUA